UCCCUCCUGUGGAAGCAUCCGUUCAGGGUUCGUGAAUCGUCUCCUCAUUUUGCAAGCAGGCAGGCUAACCCUCAUCUCCCCCACCACGAGCCAGUGUUGGCGUUCUGGCAGCUUCGUGGCUGGUGGAAGAUUGUAGGGAGAGCCCGCGGUGGUGGUUGCUAGUUGGUGUUUAGAUGGUGCUGUGAUGUGACGGGGCGAUGUCGUGGAAGUUUUGGUAGUUUCGUGAGUUGGGUUUUUGGGGAUUUCGGAUACUUCGACUCUAAGGAGUCAAGUGGAAUUUUGGGAGGGGUGUGCAAUUUAGAGGUUUGCAGUGUUGGCGGAAUGCGGGGAGGGUAGCUACUGCCAGCGAUGCACCUGGAUACCAUACUUCGGGCUGGGGUCUGUUGGAGGACGCUGGACUUUGUUAAGAAAGUUAUGCCCGUUUGCUUUUGAUUGGUUGGGUGGAGAAGAGUAGGUGGGAGGUGGAUUCGAACAGGUGAUUGAGUUACUGGACCUCCUACUGGGUUAGAGAGCUUGAGAGGCUCAUAUUCUGUUCCGGCUUCACCAAGAGGGUUGUGGGGGAUUAGGGAUCUUUUCAUUUAGGGGUUGUCUGCCGACAGUUUGCAUGGCCAUGAAUACAUACGAAAAUAGCUCUUCGGAAAGCCGCGAUGAUGACUUGCGCAGGACAAUUCUUAAUUUCGUUUCGGAGUAUUCUGGCAAUGACCCCCUUGAGCCAUGGUUACGGUGCAUAAAGUGGUUGAAGGAGAUGAACCCGCCAGGUAAUGUGCAGGUAGUUCUGAAGGAAGUGCUGGAACUUACUGGGAAUGAGUUUCUGGCGGACAACAGAUACAAAUCGGACCUUCGUUAUUUGAGAGUUUGGAUACAAUACGCAGAUUGCUGUGUGGACCGGGGAGGCAUUUUCCCCUUUCUAGAGGCGAAUGGGAUUGGACUGGGGCAUGGGCUGUUCUACGAGGCGUAUGCUAUGUUGCUGGAAUCUUCUAGAGACUUCGCCAAGGCCGAUUAUGUCUUUCAACUUGGCAUAUCUAGGGGAGCACAACCACUUGAAAGAGUGAUGCUCAUGUACAACAACUUUCGCGGCCGAAUGCUUGCACGCCAGAAGCGUAAACAGCGACAGGAGCAAGAACUGAAGGCUUUGUUAGCCAGAGGAGCACAGAGACCUCUUUCUGGCAGUAAUGGCAUCCAAGGAUUGCCAACAAUGCCUCCUUUUCAGAAUAGUGCAAGAGAAGACCCUCUUCCAGACAUGCAAGUUAGUGUUGGUGGUUACAAUGGUCCUGCACCGGUGUUAAUUGGAUCCAAAAUCUACGAGAGCACCGCAGUUAAAGCCGAGUCCAGUUUUGAGGAAGAAAGAAUGCGUCAUUGGGUGCAUAAUAAAUCCUCGCAGUUACGUUCUGCAACGUAUAAUGCUCCUGUAGCCUUCAACAACGUACAGAACAUGUCAAACUCGAUUCACACGGAUACACGAACCAGGGUGAACGAAGUGAAUCAUAAUCCUUAUAGACCUGGUAUCAGAAUGGACUCUAUGCCCAACCAAAUGCCAGGUCAGAAAACAGAGACUUCAAAUGGUUUUCGUAACAGUGUCCCAAAGCUCUCACAGUCUGUUAGGUCAUCACAGCCUGCAGAUGCUGGAAAUGUUCUCUCCAAUGAUUCAUUUGGUGGUGAGAAGCACUUAACGAGACCAGCUACAUCGAGUUUUGUGACUGCAGUGCAGCAACAUCGCAGUCUUCCGUUGCCUCAUAGGGACUUGCCCCAGACUGGGAGGUCACACACAAAUGAAAAUUUAAAAGGAAUGGAACGAAAUGGAAAUCUUGCAGAACCAGCUGGUCAUAGUGAGAAUAUUGAUGAUGUCACCAUCGUGACUAAAUCGGUGACAGAUGAUAUUAUGGCGAUGUUCGCUGACUCGAGACCUGCCUCCUUGCACUCUGAAACUACUGUUAGACCUCCAUCUGCUCAUGAAAACUCUUUCAAGACUGAAAGGUCAUACACAAAUGAGAACGUGAGAGGGAUGGAAAGAAAUUGCAGUUCUGGAGAACGGGCUGGUCAAAGUAAGAUUGUUGACGAUGCCACUAUUAUGACUAAAUCCGUAACGGAUGAUAUCAUGGCGAUGUUCAGCGACCCAAGAGAGACAUCAUCUCGCUCUGAAGCAGUAGCACAAGAAUAUGCAAGUCCUCUGGCGUCGCACAGGGGCAUGCCCAAGAUUGAGAAGUCAUACACAAACGAGAACUUAGCGGGGACAGUAGUCAAUGUCAGCAGUGUGCAGCGACCUGGUCAGAGUGAGGUUCUUGAUGAUCUCACUAUGGACUCUAAAUCGGUGACAGAUGAUAUAAUGUCGAUGUUCAGCGACUCUUUUGCACGUAAGGAACCUGGUCAGAGAGGCGUGACCUCUAGCUUUGCGAAGACCACCGUGCCUUACGCAGGUACUCAGAAAGGCACACCACCUGUUAAUGGAGGACUUAGAGCUCCUGUAGCACCGAAUCAACCUGUUCGCAAGUCUGCCAAUGCAAGCGCUCCACAUAACAGUCCGAGUACCUCUAUUCCUAGUGAUUCAGAGUCCAGAACUUUAAACGUUGCAGCAGAUUACAAAGGGAUCACCGCCUCAAUACAGCAACAGUCUAGCCAUAUUGCUGUUGGAGGAAAAAGUAUGGCGGCUGAAGGCGUUAAGCCGGAAGCGUCGGCACAUACCAGUUGGAGUUCAGAUAAUCAAGUGCAUAAUAAGGCUGCUACCAUUCACCCACGGGAGUUCGUCAGCGUUCAUAAAGAUGUCGCUUCGAGUAGCACGUCUGCUGUGGACACUGAAGCUCCUCCUAAUCAGAAGAGCAUGGAGCAGACAGCUGUUGGACUACGGAUCACGAAGGAAAGCAGAGGCAGCAUUCCUGAUGAACACUCUAAGCCAGAUCAAGGUACAGCACAGGGCCGGAGCUGUGGAAAAAAUAGAGUAAACAAUGAAUAUAGUGUGUAUGACGAUAGCAGUAUUAGAUCAACUUCGAGCCGAAAACGCUCAAGCUGGUCUACUAGCGCCAAGGGUAGUACUCAUUGUAUCUAUCUUAGCGAUGAAGAAGAAAAGAUCGACAAUAGGGACAACAAGAAGCAAAAGGUGCAGGUUGCAUCUACCACCUUCAACGAAGGAUCUGGAGUCCGGGAGAGUGGUACUCCUGUUAUGGACAGAUCCGACGUCACGAGGGAGCAGCAACCCUCGCAGUAUUCUCCAAUCGUCUGCUCGACUCCAAGCAAAAGCAUUACCACCUUCAAAGGAUCAACUUCUCUGCAAAGGAAUAUCUUGGAGCCUACACUUUCUAGGACGGAGCACAGGAAGAAACCGGGAGGACAAUUAUAUCCAUGGGAGCAAUCACUGCUAGCUAGUUUAUUGAAAGAGUUAGACCCGCCAUUGUCCAAAUAUAAGGGAUAUAUUUACAGCUCCAAGAAAUAUUCAGGAAAAGUAUCUUUGGCCACUUUUGCUUCCACCAAACCCGGUGUGAAGAACAAACCAUUAGAGUUGGGCUGCAGCAAGUAUCAGUUGAAGGGAUGUACAGGUCGUGGCGCAUUUGCUCAAGUCUACUUAGCUGAUGCUCUUCACAAUAAUGGAGAUAGCCAUCGUGUAGUGCUUAAAGUUCAAAAGCCACCCUGUCCUUGGGAAUUCUAUAUAUAUCGUCAGCUUGAUGUGCGUAUCCUUUCAGAAGAGAGAUGCUCAUACGGAUGCGCCCAGAAUAUUCACAUCUAUGCGGAUUGUAGCUUCAUGGAAUGCGACUUUGGUCAAUACGGAACCCUUCAGGAUGUUAUCAAUUCUUAUCUCAGUAAGGGCCAACGAAUGGAUGAAGCUUUGUGCAUUUUCUACACCAUAGAAAUGUUGCACAUGUUGGAAAAUCUUCAUAAAGUUGGUCUCAUUCAUGGAGACUUCAAACCUGACAAUCUGCUUAUACGCAGCAGCAGUGAGAAUCUGGGAGUUUGGACUCCUGAUAAGUCAGGUUCCUGGAAGCAGCAGGGUGUGUGUCUCAUAGAUUGGGGUCGCAGCAUUGACCUUACUCUCUUCGCUGAAGGAACGGAAUUUGUGGGCGACAGCAAGACUGAUGGGUUUCGGUGCACAGAAAUGAUUGAGAAGAAACCGUGGACUUUUCAGGUGGAUACAUAUGGCUUGUGUGGGGUUGCACACUGCCUUUUGCACGGGAACUAUAUGGAGAUAGAUAAGCGCUCAAGCAAUGGGGCCCCACAGGUCGUUUACCGCCCGAAGGCGCCUUAUAAAAGGUAUUGGAACGUGAAUUUGUGGCAGAAUUUUUUCGAGACACUGCUUAACUUGAAGACCGACAAGAGCUAUGACACUUUGAAUAAGUUGCGUAGGUCAUUUGAAGAUUAUUUGUGUAGCGAUUCAGCUUUAACGAAAAAACUGAGAGACCUAUUGACGAAGCAGAACACUAUGCUUCUCAGCCGGAAGUGAAUGCACUUCUUAAUUGUGUAUCAUGAUUCCUUAUAUUGGUGACCCCACAACCUCGCUCUUGGUCGAGUCUUUCUACUUUGAGGAUGAGAAAUUCAAUUGUAAAAUAUAGAAAUGCUGCCUUUACUUGGACAACACUUAGUAUUCGAACUCUUUCCAGUUAGUUAAUUAAUUCCGUCUUUUGAGUAGAUUCUCACAAAUUUGCCACUUUCUGCAAUAUAUUAUUUGCAUCACCUGACCUCUUUAGCUGGCCUUA